AUGUCGAUUCCACAUGGGCCGUUAGAUAUCAAUACUAUGAUUCCCGAUGAUAUAAUGGAGGAGAUUCUUGGCUGGCUACUGACUUCAGAACUCGUAAAGUCGGUUUCAGGAGUUUCGAAUCGUUUUCGCAACUUGGCAAAACGAGAUCAGUUUUGGCAACGAAAAUUGAAGGAAAUGGUCUAUCAGCAGCGCUAUUCCAAUAAAGCUUCGGGUGGUGAACGAUCCUAUGAGCUACCCGAAGGUCUAGGUCAACAUCAGCUACAAAGAUGUUGUUGGUUCUUGGAACACAAGGUUCAACACCUAAAUGUUGCUAAGAAUACAGCUGAUGGAACUGGGGGCGAAGGUUCUGCUACCUCUGAAGAUCCAAAAUCUUCUGAUGUGGAUCCUCCGUCAUUUUUAGAACAUGGGCCAGUUCUCUAUCGCCGCACGGACGCCAGUAUGUUGUUUCACCAUCGCUUAGAUGGUUUGCAACGAGUGGUGAGCUUGGCAUCGAGUACCGAUCAUCCUCACGAGUGCAUUGAAAAUAUUUUGGAAGAGAAUUCAUUGCGGCAAAGACCACCAGACUGGGAUCGUAUCCGAAACAGUGACCGCAUCUCGGAUAUUACCGUGAUGGAAGGACGACAGGCAUCCGUCUUUUCGUUUCGGCAGCCGUGGUGGAGUAGUGUGGCUCGCAGUGAUCCAGAUCUGCCAGAAACUUUGGCCUUUUCGACGAGAUAUCCACUAACCUUGGUCACAGAAGUCGCAAUCAAGCCCUAUGCGGAUUGGACGAUGCAAACUUAUUCGUGGAAGAAGUGGAUAGUCCGUGUCUACAAUCUUCCACCUCUUUCUCCAACCGUUUCUUUGGUGGCAGACGAGGCAGCCGACGGGGAAGAGGCACCCCCCGAGCCAAUCUAUCAGACACAUACAACCUGUCCAUCUACAGUAUGGAUAUCAUCUUAUGAUAUGUUGCCAAUGACGGCAUCAAAAAGCUUAACCGUGGAACAGAGGACAGCCGAAGCAUUUAAAUAUUUGGCUCGGCAGACUCCAGCAUACGAGUCCCCGCUGUUAGAUACUCCGCCUCCUCGAAACAAUGCUUGGCAAUAUCAUGAGCUUCCGAGUGGGGUUAUUGGGAAUGUUAUAACCAUCACCUUGGUAGGCAAGAACUUUCGUCAAUUUGAAGAAUCCGGAUACUAUGCCUGCGUCCAAAGAGUUGCCACUCGGGGCAUUCCAUUGCACAAGUCCCAGGAAGUCGCUGCUGCACCUAGAUUGGAGUCAAGAAUGAACAUAAACGACAGGAAGGCUCGCUUUAUUUCCAGAGCGGUUCCACUUCUUGUUCUGUCGCCUUGA